UUUCCACGUGUCCCACAACAUGGCAGCCCGCAGUUUCUUAUAGUCAGAAGUGAAUUGCCCUUAAGCAAAUAUUAUUUGUCAGAGCUGUAAAAGCAGAAGUGAAGAACAUGACAGAUGUUGGUGACAUCCCAGUGGUAGGUUCUCCAUCACUGAAAGAGGAGAAGACAUCUGACCCCAAAGAAUAUGGGGUGAAAACAGAUGAACCCAAAGCUGAAGGUGGAGGAGAAGAAGCAGCUUCUUCCGACCCUAAUAAUCUGUACCGCUACGUCCAAGCGGACCUCUUCACCUCUGAGAUCUUCAAAGUGGAGAUCCAGAACCUUCCCAAAUUCAUCGGUUUCAACGACCUGAAGAAGUUCCUGGAGAAGCAUCGCCUUAACCCGCACAAGAUCAAACUGUUCGGGAAGCAGACGUUUGCCUUCGUCACCUUCAAGAACGAAGAGGAGAGGGACAAGGCCAUGAAGAUGGUGCACGGCAUGCAGUGGAAGGGCCGGGUGCUUAGUGUGCGCCUGGCCAAGCCCAAGGCGGACCCUAUGCUCAGGAAGAGGGGGCGGGAUGAGGCCGGGAGUGCCGGGCAGCCCCCCUCCAAGCGGCAGGAGGCAGAGGAGGACGAGGCGCCGCUCAGCAUACAGAUUGCCAACGUGGUGACGCCCCUGUGGAAUGUGCCUUAUGAGGAGCAGCUGAGGAGGAAGGAGCAGGAGGUGGAGGGGGUGCUGCAGAGACUGGCCAGAGAAAUAGGCAACACCAACAAAGCGAUGCUGCCCUGGCUGUUUGUGCAGAAGGAGAAGUACAAGAGAAUGUGUUGCCCUCUGGAAGAAAUUCGCCCAUCUCCGUCACAGGUUGAAUACAGGAACAAGUGUGAGUUUGUCAUUGGUAUUGGAGCGAAUGAAGAGGAUAAGACCAUAGGCUUCAGACUGGGGAAGUACAAAGGGGGCUCCUGUGCCGUGGUGGGGCCCUCAGACAGCAUCCAUGUCACCACUGAGGCCAAGCGAGUGGUCAGUGAGUUCCAGAAAUUCAUCAGGACAACCCCAUACUCAGUGUACAGCCCUGAGACAUACGAGGGCCACUGGAAGCAGCUAACAGUGCGGACCACAAGAACCAAGCAGGCCAUGGCUAUGGUGUUCUUUAACCCACAGAAACUUGAGGAAAAAGAACUAAAUGUCCUGAAGAGCUCUUUGAAAGAGUAUUUCACAGAGGGUGACGGGAAAGAGAGUGGUGUAACCGCUCUGUACUUUGUGUCAGAGGGACAAAGGCAAUCCCCUAACCCGGAGGACUUGCCGUGUGAGCUGGUAGCUGGAGAGGAGUGUAUUCACGAGGAGCUUCUUGGCCUGAAGUUCAGGAUAUCCCCCCAUUCUUUCUUCCAGGUGAACACAGGGGCAGCAGAGGUGCUGUACUCAGCUGUAGGAGAAUGGGCCCAGCUGGACAAGGACAGCACUGUGCUGGACGUAUGCUGCGGGACAGGAACCAUUGGCAUCUCCCUGGCUAAGAGGGUGAGGAAGGUGAUUGGGAUAGAGAUGUGUCAGGAAGCAGUGAAGGAUGCCAAAGUCAACGCGAAGAUCAAUGGGCUGAGUAAUAUUGAGUUCCACUGCGGAAAGGCUGAAGAUGUGUUCCAGAUGGUGCUCAACGCUGUCGUAUCCCCCAGCAUCACAGCCAUCGUGGACCCACCGAGAGCGGGCUUACAUUCAAAGGUCAUUCUGGCAAUCAGAAGAGCGGAGCAUCUGAAAAGGCUGGUUUAUGUGGCAUGCAAUGCCAAGGCAGCCAUGAACAACUUCAUAGAUCUGUGCAGGGCUCCCUCCAACCGUGUACGUGGAGCUCCGUUCCGUCCGGUGCGGGCAAUGGCUGUGGACCUCUUCCCCCAGACCAUGCACUGUGAGAUGCUGCUGCUCUUUGAGAGGGUGGAUUACAGCUCCAAGAGCAGCAGUGAGAAACCUGAAGAAAUGACCCAGGGCACUAGCGAGAAGCCAGAAGAGACAACCACAACUUAAUAGCACAACCUUUGACCCUUUGCAGUCUCACUAUCUGUUUAUUAAGUUCAAUUGUUUUCUACACGUUAAUAUGUAAUCAACGUUAUAUGGAUUCUGUAGUUCUUAUACUGUACCAUUAGGGGCAGGAUAACACUGCAUUUUUAUUUUUUAUUUUAAAUACUGCCUUGCGGUGUAAUAUUGUUUUACAACUUAAAAAUAAAAAGAUCCCUUGAUGACUAAUACAAGCAGGGGUCAUUUCAAAGCAGGAGCCAGCCAUGACAACUUUAUUUGCAUAAACGAAUUUCACUGAGUCAGCUAUCCCAAGUCGCAGUUACAUACUUCAUUUUCUAGGCAGCAAUAUCUAGCAAAUAACUUCCAAGUGUAAAAAGCAUUUUCACACACACUUGGUAAGACAGAACACACAGGGGGAAGCACAUUGGUAAAGCAAUCUACUCUAACACAGCAGCCUUGUUCCCAUAUACGAUGAAGUGUUAAGGUGCAGUCGACAUUCAGGAAAAGCCACACAAACCAAAUACUUCACACAAUGAAUGCACAGCAAUUUAUAUUUUGUUCUAGCAGGUAUUGCAUCUUUUUUUCCCUUUCAUGUACUAUGUGCAGCAACCUACAGUAUUCUAUAAAAAUGCAUAAGACUAAGCUUUGGUUCACACUGCUCCUUUAGCUAUCAGAUGUAAUAAUGACAUGAUCGUAUUUUGUUAAGAGGUAAAGUGUACCAACUUCAUUUCUGUAGAUUGCCUUUUGAGGAGAGGAUCGCAGUUCCACAUAUCAAUGCUUGAAAAUGUGAUUGAUCGCAAACAAACGUAUUUAAAAUCCAUAUAUACUAAAGGCAAUUCUUUCAAAAUAUGAAUAUUACUGUCUUGUCAUAUUAUUACAAACAAUAAAUGCUGUAUCAAGUAA